CAACUUAUCAACGCCUGUAAAUAUUCCAAAACACUCAAGGUUGGACGGUUUCCUCCAUGCAUUGGUCAUAGAUGCGCAGAAAGCAUUAUUGGUUUCAUUUCUAGCACUAACUGGGAUCAAAGCGUUUUUGGAAGACACACUUGCAAUGUAGGGGUGCCUCAAGACUCGUUUGAUCUCCAAAAUGCAUCAAAGAGUGCAUCCCAUCAAGCAACAUGUGGCGGAAUAGAAAAUGAAUUUGACCACUGUGAAGAAAGUUCAAGUCUUUUAAAAACAGCGAUUAAUCGACUUUUGACCACCUUAAAUCCAUCCGUAAGAGAUACUCAAGUUGUGCCUGCGGAUCAUACUAUUGGAGAGUGGUAUAUUGGUCGGUAUUGGCCAACACGUCAUCAUUUUAAAGAAUUACAGAAACAACUGCACGAGCGUAUUUUUUUUAUAGAUAACCUUCCAUUAGAAUGUUCUCCGUCAGUUAUUGAAUUGUUCUUUGACAAACGACAAAUUCCUGUGAAACACGUUAGUAUGCCUAGAUUUUGCGAUUCAAAAAAAAACAAAGGGUUUGCCUUUGUAGAGUGUUCGUGUGCCUCACAUGUUCAACAAGGAAUUGACAUGCUACAUGGAAAACCGGCUCGAACACUUUAUACUACAGAGAACGGAAUCAUGUGUACACUGACACCACGAAACUCACGUCCUCUCUUUUGUUGUUCACAUUCAGAAUGGUUUACGCUAAAGUCCAAAAGGAAGAAUGUUAAUAGUCUAGGAUAUUUUCGGGAAAACAAAACAAAAGCAUUACUUUCAGAAAAACAUGAAUCUUUUCAUUGGGUGGCUAUUGAACCGAUUGAAUAUUCAGUAUCUCCAUUAGAACUAAUGCAAUUUAUUCAGCACAGCGUAGUACCUCUUGAAGUUUACUUUCCUCCUCAUUCAAUGAAAGCCUUGGUUAAAUUAUCUAGCGAACAAGAUGCCCAUUACCUGUGUUUUGAUAUUCUUAUUUGUAGAAGAAGUCUUGGUGGCUCCUACGGAACUACUGCUCGAAUAACUAAUAACCCUUUGGAAUCAAGCGAGUGGGAUGCAUAAUACGAUAUAUUAAUAAACGGUUUUCAUUUGUCACCUUAACUUACAACAAUUAAACACUAACAGAAAGUGGG